AUGCCUCCCGCAACUCAACCUCGCCAUCGCCGUCCUUCGUGGAGACAGUCACGCGUUCCACACCGCACGUACCUAGAGACAGACUUCGAUCGCAAGCAGGAACAUGAGAUACCUGCUGCUGCCGACGCCGAUACCUUCUACUACAAUGCCGCCUUCGUUGUUGAAUGGAUGAUGCCGGCAGACCUCAGGCUCCGCCUUCCCGAGUCUCUGUUGACGGAGCUUGAUAACUGGCAAGCUGCAGGCGCCGCUGUUUGCACGGCUCUGGCUCGAAUCGACAAGCUCGAUGACGAGAGUAUUCAUAGAGGCUGGCCGUCCAGAUCCAAUCUACAUCUUUCGCGUACUACGUCUGACUGCUCUGCCAUUGGAUCGCCCCAGUCUCCCACCAUAGGCCUUCUGGAGAUGUCAUCCCCCCAGACACAGGUUCCCUUCUCUUCGCGCCCGACAAGGUUUGGCAGCAUCUUGUCGACCAGUCCAGAUACACCACCUUUUACUCCACGAGAUAGCAUCAUGGGCGAUGAGGUUGAUGAGAUCAGCACGUCAUUCCGCGACAAGAUCAGUCUCGAGCACGUUGAUGCCAUGCUGGCCACCAGGGUUCGACGUGCCUCGGAAUCUGCUGGUUCUCCAUCCCCGAUCAUGAGUCCGAUUUCUCAGCAAUGUUCCAACGAAUUCGCCUUUGAUAUCGAUCAGCAGUUCGACGAGAGUGCCUGGGAUGUGUUUGUGCGUUCAUACGAAGCCGAACUCGAGCAUCUACGCACUGAGACACUGGUUCGCUUCAGGCACGUUGGCAAGUCUGUGGAUAGGCUUUGGCUGGAUCUCAGAUGCGAUGGUGUACAUCCUGUGUCGCAGUCAACUGCUUCCGAGUUUGUCGCCUGGUGGAAACAGAUGAACGACAAAGAGCACGAAUAUGAGAAAGAGGUCCAGAUGCUAGAAGUACCUCAACUUGAGCUCGUCAGUUUCCAACGGGUGUCGCAGGGACUGUCUACCUGA